AUGGUGAACAAGCUCAUUGUCGCACUUGCAGUCGUUGCUCUAACUUCUUCACACGAAUUAACGAUGAACGGUGGGAGAUGCUCAUGCCUUCGAACUACAGAUAAGAUUGUGUUUGGUCCUAACCAGUUGAAGACAAUAGAAAUUCUCCCUGCAUCUGCCUCGUGUGAAAAAGUGGAAAUAAUAGUAAACUUGAAAAGUGGCGGACAAAUAUGCUUGGAUCCCAAUGCAAGCCAGAUAAGAAAUAUUUUCCAGCAGCUCAUCAAGAAGAAGGGAAAGAAAAACGAUAAACCCAGAAUCUGA